AUAGAGUAUAUAAAAGUAAUGUGCAUAAUUAGGGGCCGGGGUUGAAAUAUCGGCUGUGUAUAGGAUCCUAUAAAAGAGGUAACGAAGUGUUCUGGUCUCACGGACUUGAAGAAGAAGCACAACUCUGUCCUCCACAAACUCAACCUUUCUCUCUCAUCAUCUUACCUUGCUUGUACUAGUACUACGACACUACUGUUUUCUUCAGUUUUCAUAUAUCUCCUCCAUAGAGGAAGUGAAACAUAGGAUUACGAGACUUUGAUUCCUUGUCUUUUUUAGACCAUAUGGUGAAUCCCUUUAUUGUCCACCCAACUUUUUAAGCCUCACGCUUACACAAAAUCCUUUUUAACCCUUCUUCUUUCUUGUUUCCUUGGUUGGUUCACUUUGUUAAAAGGACUUGCCUUUGUUAUCGCCUUGAAAACUUUGUGCUCCGUCUGUGUGUGCGUGGUGGUUUACUUUCCUCUUCUUUUUUUGCGCCCCCUUUAAGACUAUAUAUUCCGUCUUUUUUAAAGACGUUUGCUCUUCUUUUUGUCAGAUGUCUUUCAGUCUUUGGUUCUCUCCGUGUGUUUGAAGCUUCCCUUUGACUAUUCCUCCUCUUCUUUUUAAUCCUUUACUACUCUCGUGCCACUCUCAAAACAAUCUUCCUUUAUCCUUCAUUGAAACACUCCUGAGUCCUCUCUUUUCUCACUAAACAGUAAAAAUAGCUAAGCAAACGCUCUGAUAUGGAUCAUCACAAUAUGCUGUGUCCGAUCAAAUAUACAGAACACAAGAAAACCAUCAGAAAAGUGACUAAAUCCUCAACGAUAAAGCCUAAGAAAACAACCCAAGUUCGGAGAUGGUCGGAGUACAACCCAACUAUUCCAAGGACUGUACGGAUAUCCGUUACUGACCCGGAUGCAACCGACUCUUCCAGCGAUGAAGACGAGCUUUUUGGACGGAGACGUGUCAAAAGAUACAUCAAUGAGAUCAGUAUUGAGACGUCGUCCAUCAAUGACGUUAAAGCUCUGAAUACUAGCAGGAAACGAGCAGCUGAAAUUUUACAGCCGAAGCAGAAGGCUUUGAAGGGGAAGGAAGUGCAGUUACCGGCGGAUGGAACUGUUAGGAAGUUCAGGGGUGUGCGUCAAAGGCCGUGGGGGAAAUGGGCGGCGGAGAUUAGAGACCCAGCACGUCGCGUGAGGCUUUGGUUGGGCACUUAUGACACGGCUGAAGAAGCCGCAAUGGUUUAUGACAAUGCGGCUAUUAAGCUUCGUGGUUCAAAUGCCUUAACCAAUUUCAUCACUCCACCAACCAAGGAGAAGUCAGAGGUCAAUGUGGCUUCGAAUUCGGGCUACGAAUCUGGUGAUGAAUCCCACAACCUUUCUUCUCCCACGUCUGUUUUGCGGUUCAGAACGAGCCAAUCCAGUGAAGAAGCAGAACAACAAAGUGGGUCCGAACCAAUUCUCGAAGAAACAAAAGGUGAUGUUUCUGUUUCGGAAGAACAAUGUCCAGUACUGGUGGAAGAGCCAACUCUUUAUUCAAUGCAAAACUUGGAAAACCUUGAGUGCCAAGGCGAAACAAGCGUCUCAAACGAGUACUUGCCCAAUGACGUUCCCUUCUUAGACGAUUUCUUCUACUUUGGAGCUGCAGAACAGACACUACUUGACGACACAACAAGUUUCCCCAAUGAUUUGUGCACGCCGUUUGAUGACAUAUCGUCUUGGGAUUUCGCGAAUGACUUGCUAUUAGACCAUGAAGUUUUCAAAUUCAAGGAUUCAUUUCAAGACUUGGGUGCACUAGAAGUGGAUAAUUAUUUCAAAGACAUUGGAGAUUUCUCCAAUGUUGAUGCUCUAAUGGCCUUGUAAUCCAACCUCAAGCUUUCAACAGUGUUCAUUGUUCCCGGUUUGCCAGAGCUAUUGGCAAAUUUUGUCUACCGGCAACAAUGAGUAAUUGACUAGUGCCUCCCUUCUCUGUUUUACUAAUUGAUGUUUAUUUUCAGGAGUAUAUUAGAGUUGUUUGUUUUAGAUUCUCCGUGUAAGUUAACGGAGUGAAGAAGUAGAUUUAUUUGGUUUUUAUCAAAAAUGUUUUGAUAAUAAGUAGAGAGACUUUCUCCAGUGUUUCGAUGUAAUGCUUUAGCUGGACUUAAAUGAGAUGCAUAAUGUUUACUGAAAUUUGUGUUGCUCGGGCUUCGACGUGCACAUUAAAUUUUCAGAAUCUAGUGUUUUUUCUCCCA